AGGGGCCCCGAGGCAGGCACACGCACCAUGGGGCGCCUGGAGCUGGCUGUCUUAGGCCUCACCUGCUGCUUGGCAGUAGUGAGCGCAGCAAAGCUGGGCGUGGUGCACACGGAAGGGGGCUUCGUGGAGGGCGUCAACAAGAAGCUCGGCUUCCUCGGCAUCGGCGGCCGCUCUGUGGACAUCUUCAAGGGCAUCCCCUUCGCUCCCCCACCUGCCCCAGGUAACUACGGCCUUCGGGACCAGCACAUGGCCAUCGCGUGGGUGAAGAGGAACAUUGCGGCCUUCGGGGGGGACCCCAACAACAUCACCAUCUUUGGGGAAUCAGCUGGAGGUGCCAGCGUCUCUCUGCAGACCCUCUCUCCCUACAGCAAGGGCCUCAUCCGGCGAGCCAUCAGCCAGAGCGGCGUGGCGCUGACCCCCUGGGCCAUCCAGAAGAACCCUCUCUCCUGGGCCAAGGGGAUCGCCAAGAAGGUGGGCUGCCCCCUGGAUGAUACCGCCAGGAUGGCCAAGUGUCUGAAGGUCACCGACCCCCGGGCCCUGACGCUGGCCUAUAAGAUGCCCCUGUUGGGCCGGAAGUACCCCUUCCUACACUAUUUGGGCCUCAUCCCCGUCGUGGACGGAGACUUCAUCCCCGACGACCCCAUCAACCUUUUCGCCAACGCGGCCGACAUCGACUACAUCGCUGGCACCAACGACAUGGACGGACAUCUCUUUGCCAGCGUUGACGUGCCAGCCAUCAACGUGAACUUGCUGACUGUCACGGGGGAGGACUUCUUCAAGCUGGUCAGCCAGGUCACCAUCGCCAAGGGGCCCAGAGGUGCCAAUGCCACCUUUGACCUCUACACCGCAUCCUGGGCAGAGGACUCCUCCCAGGAGGCCAAGAAGAAGACGGUGGUGGACUUUGAGACCGACGUCUACUUCCUGAUGCCCACGAAGAUGGCCGUGGCCCAGCACAGAGCCAAAGCCAAGAGUGCCCGGACCUACACCUACCUGUUCUCCGAGCCCUCUCGCAUUCCGUUGUACCCCAGCUGGGUGGGCGCCGACCACACCGAUGACCUCCAGUACGUGUUUGGGAAGCCCUUCGACAACCCCCUGAUCUACCGGGCCCAAGACAGGACUGUCUCCCGGACCAUGAUCGCCUACUGGACCAACUUUGCCAGAACUGGGGACCCCAACCAGGGCCACUCCGCUGUGCCCACCCAAUGGGAGCCCUACACCCAGGAAAACGGCAACUACCUGGAGAUUAACAAGAAGAUAAAUGGCCAGUCCAUGAAGCAGCACCUGAGGAGCAGCUACCUGCAGUACUGGACCCAGACCUACCAGGCACUGCCCACCGUGAACGAAGAUGGGGAUGCCCUGGUGCCCCCCUCGGACGACUCUUUGGCCAUCCCCGUGCCUCCCUCGGACGACUCUGCGACCGCCCCCUGAACUCCCACUGGUGACUCUGAGGGGGCUCAGAUGCCCACAACCAUUGGCUUCUAAUGUCCCUGCCCCAGAGGCCACAGGUGGGACCCAGGGAGCCCACCUCCCUCCCCAGCGCUUCCUGAAUAAAGCCGCUUCUCCCUCUGGCAACCUUCUUUGCCCUCA